UCAAGAAAAACGAGAAAAAACAAAAAAAUAAAAAUAAACUAAAAAGACAUGAAGAAGAAAAGAAAAAAGAAAAAUAAACAACGGGAGUUUGUAAAGUUACAGCUAGCUUGAGAUGGGAAAAAUACCAGUACACACGCAACUUUCAUUAAUCUGUUAAUGGACAUUUUAUAAGGAGUAAACGUGUGAAAGAAGAGUGCGUCGAGUGAUCAGUAGUAUCAGUUUAAUUUAAUGAGAAGAACUACCAAAUGAACAUUAGUUCCGUCUCUAUAAUGUAGCCUAAAACUCGCUCAAACAAUGUCUGAAUUUUUUCCUGCUCCAAUGGUAAGACUAAUUGAUGUCUUAGAAGAAAAUGAUCCGCGGUUAGGGUUUGAGUGUUAAGUAUAUUUCCAAACUCUCGAACUAGUUUAUUUAGUUCCAUAUCAUAUCGUGCACAGUCCAUAGAAAAAGCUGCAGUUUAUUCGAAUAUACGAAUCUUAUGUGUAAUACAUGUCGAAUCAUGAUUUUUACCUAUUGUUCGUCUCAUGCUAAACUGUUAUCUUAUCAGAUUUCCUUUUUUCUGAUUUUUAGAUUCCAGAAUCAAAUCUUCAUCAACAUUAUUUAACAGAACUACAUCGAAGGUGUUUAAUGGUAUAUAUUCAUCAUCAUAUUUUAAGAAUUCAUUCACCGAUAAAUGAAACAAACAGUGAAUUAUAUUCAAAGGUCAUAGAUAAUUUGAAUGAGAAGAAUAAUCAAAUGUAUGAGACGCUGAAGAUUCUGACGAGUGGAAUAGAAACGUUAAUUACAGAUUCGACAAGUCUGAAUAAUGGAUAUUUACAAUUGAAAAGCUCGGUAGACGUAUAUCGUGAAGAACAUUUAAAAUUGCGGAAAUCUGAGGAAGAAAAAAAUGCAUUAAUAAGUGCUGUACAACUAAAUCAAGAAAUAUUACAACAAAGUUUAACAGAUUUAAAACAGACUGUGGAAAAUGUAGAGCAUAUUUCGUACAACGGCACGUUUAUUUGGAGACUGGAAAAUAUUGCUCAACACAUGGCUGACGCACUAUCAGACAAGCAACUGAGUCUUUAUUCUCCACCAUUUUAUUCGUCUCCAACAGGAUAUAAGAUGUGUAUGCGUAUACAUUUAGGUGGAGAUGGUCAUGCUCGUAAAUCGCAUAUUUCACUCUUCUUUGUUCUAAUGAAAGGAGAAUAUGAUGCUAUCUUACAGUGGCCAUUCCAUUUUAAAGUUACCUUUUGUUUGUUCGAUCAAUCCGAACAACGGCGACAUAUUGUCGAGUCAUUUCGACCUGAUGUUAGUUCAACGUCAUUUCACAUUCCCUUGACUACGAUGAAUGUGGCAUCGGGUAUACCGAAAUUAAUCAUAAGGUGCGUAGGCUAA